AAAUUCUUUUCAGAUGGCUUUAAUUGAGGAAGUUUUUAGAAACCGGGCAUCAGGGCCAUUAGAGAGAGCCCUAAAUUUACUGAUCGUGGCCAGAAAUCAGCCAUCUACAUAUUUCGCUAGCAAUGGUGAAGAAAGACGAAGUUUGACUGUGGCAGCAAGUGAUGGCGUGCAGGUGAUUAAGGUCACCAUCUAUGACCAGUCCAAAUUCAUGAAAUUUCAAACUGGCACCACUCUGUCUGUAAGAAACUCUAUUCGAAAGACACAGGAUGGGGAACAGACCCUAAUAAUUACCAAGUCCACUAAGGUGUUCAUUACACAAACCUUGGUAGCGCCUGGAAGGCAUGUCCAGAAGGGACGAAUUCUCAUCAACCCGCCCGCAGCAGAUGUGCUGCCAAUUCAGCAGGCAAUAAGGUCGCCUCUGAAACAGCGAGUGUCUGUUUGCAGACGGAUAGUGCAGAUGUAGGAAUAACUUAUGUAGUGUAAAGAAAAAAAGGAAGAAACCGACCUACCCUCCUAAUAUUUGAAGCGAAUAAAGUGGAGACUACCAUUGUUUUGCCUGAGGGAAAUAGCAAAUUCAUCGUUUACUGACAAACCAUUGCACUAUAUAAUAAAUCAUGGACAUGGAAAAAAGACACACGAUGACCACCGUCGCAGCGAUCACUACAACCACGCCCGCGCUGACUGCUAUGGAAAUAAUAUACUUGGACUCCAGUUGUAGUCUCUCCACCUUCACUUUGCAAUGUUUACCACUAAAGACAUGUGUGUCGCUUUCGUCGCAUCUAUGGGUACGAGAGACUGGUUCUGAUUUUUCAAAAUUUAUCAGUAAAACACGCGAGUGUCGAAAUAUUUUUUAUCAUUUAGA